UGAAUCCUCUGGCAAACCAAAAAUUGGAAACCCUAUAUUGGUUGAAUGGGGAAAUUGAUGGUAAGAUUCGCAGAAUUCGCCAUUAGACUCUCUUCAGAGAAUCCAAACAGACCCCCACAGAGACCCACUCCUCCUCCACGGAACAAAGUCUUCGUCAAGAAGACGAGAGACACCUCCCACCUCGAUUUCCCCAAUCUUGUUAAGCUGGAGAAGGCGGGAUCGCACUCGGGUUCGAAUUCGAAUCCCGCUCCGGCUUCGGCUUCGGAUCCUAUUAAUCGGAUUCCUCUUGCUCAGGUCGUCGAGGAUUGCGUGAGACGUUGGUUCCAGGAUACGCUCAAGGAAGCCAAAUCCGGUGACGUUGGUAUGCAGGUCUUGGUCGGUCAGAUGUAUUGCAGCGGCUAUGGAAUCUCCAAAGAUGAACAAAAGGGUCGUGCUUGGAUUAGCAAAGCUUCAAGAACUCGAUCAACAGCUUGGCAAGUGAGUGCUAAGCCUCCAGGUUAUAAUGCAAGCGAUUCAGAUUCCAAUGAUAAGAAAGAUUGAUGAUGGCCUUUUCAAAUGUUUGUAUUUGCCAGUGACUUUGAUUUGUUGUUAGUUUCCCUCUCGCUCUCCUUUGUUUCAUCUAUACUUUUUUGUAUCAUUCCAAUGGUCAAAAAUGGCUCUCAAGUUAUUACCACGCAGUUAAUGAUAUUACCAGGCGUUCUCUA